UUUAAGGGAAAGAGGAAAGCGGUCUGAGGAGAGAUCUAGAAUUCAGGAUUCUCCUCCUUCUUCGAAAACCAUAAUCACAGCCUUCUUCCGGAUGCUUUAAGAAACUAAUAUUGACAGAGAUAGAUUAGAGAGAAUCAGUGAUGCCGUAAAACUGAAAUGGUUGAAGGCGAUAUGAAUGAGGAAAACUCAAAAGCGGCAGAGAUUAGAAGUUAAACUAAAGAUUGUUGCAUCUCCGAACUUAUGAAUGCAGGCUUAGUGUGAGCAAACACGGUUGGAUCUUAUUAAGAGAGCAAACAAUGAGAACACCUCGGACAUCAACAGCAUCACCACCAGCAACAACAAAUGACGAAUCAGGAUUCCGAGACGCAGAAUCACUCUUCCGGACAAAACCAAUCUCCGAAAUCCGAACAAUCGAGACCAAAACACAGAAAGAAAUCGAGGAAAAGAAAGAAGAACUCCGUCAAUUAGUCGGUAAUCGUUAUCGUGAUCUAAUUGAUUCAGCUGAUUCAAUUGUAUGUAUGAAAUCAUCAUGUCAAUCCAUAUCAUCAAACAUUUCCAUGAUUGAGAAUUACAUUCAUUCACUUUCAAAUAACAAUAAUAAUGAUGAUAAUACCCCUAGGAUGGUUCAUAGUAAUCCUGUUAGAGUAAGGGUGUAUGGAAUUGCUUGUAGGGUAAAAUAUUUAGUUGAUACGCCGGAGAAUAUCUGGGGUUGUUUGGAUGAAUCUAUGUUUUUAGAGGCAUCUGGGAGGUACAUUAGGGCGAAAUUAGUACAUGAUUUGGUUGUCAGUAGUGAGAAUAAGGAGUUUUUGAAGAAUUUUCCGUUGGUAGGGCAUCAAUGGCAGAUUGUUGAGAGUUUUAAAGGGCAGAUAUCUGCCAGAAGUAGAGAGAGAUUGAUGGAUUGUGAUUUGGGGAUUGGGGCUUACGCUGAUGCGUUGGGCGCGGUUGCGGUUAUUGACGAGGUAGGGCCGGAGGAGGUGUUGAGGUUGUUUCUGGAGUCGAGGAAAUCGUGGGUUUCAAUGAAAUUAGGGGGUUCGGGGGAUGUGGUUUCGGUUUUUGGUGAAAUUGUUAAGAUAAUUCAGGUUAGUUUAGGGCAGGUAGGAGAAAUGUUUUUACAAGUGUUGAAUGAUAUGCCGUUGUUUUAUAAAACUAUAUUGGAGUCUCCACCUGGUUCGCAGUUGUUUGGCGGGUUGCCGAAUCCGGAAGAGGAAGUGAAGCAGUGGAAAUUACAUAGGGAAAAGCUUGAAUCUGUUAUGCUGGUAUUGGAUAAGGAGUUGAUUGCGAAAACUUGUUUGAAUUGGUUGAAGACUUGUGGGGAAGAGACUGUUAGUAAAGUCAAUGGGAGAUACUUAAUUGAUAGUAUUAGUAGUGGGGAAGAGUUGGCAUCAGCUGAGAAGCUGAUCAGAGAGUCGUUGGAUAGCCGUAAGGUGUUGGAAGGGAGUUUGGAGUGGCUUAAGAGUGUUUUUGGAUCUGAAAUUGAAUCUCCUUGGAACAGGAUUCGUGAACUUGUCUUGGGAAAUGAUGAAGAUCUUUGGGACGGUAUCAUUGAGGAUGCUUUUGUUCGGAGGAUGAAAGAGAUUCUAGAUUCCGGAUUUAAGGAUUUAAGUAGAGUUGUUAAUGUAAGGGAUUCGAUCAGGGCAAUUGUGCCGGUUCCUGGAGUAGGUCGCAUUGAUUUCAUAACGUAUUUAAACAGACCAUCUACAGGUGGUGGAGUUUGGUUUUUGGAGCCAAAUGUUAGAAAGACUGGUAAGGGAUUGACAUCUAGAGGGGCAACAGAUGAAAAUGACUUCCAUAGUUGUCUGAACGCGUAUUUCGGUCCAGAAGUUGGUCAGAUUAGAGAUGCAGUAGACAGCAGAUGCCAGAAAAUUCUUGAAGAUUUUAUGUGCUUCUUAGGGUCCCCCAGAGCUGCUUCAAGGUUGAGAGAGUUAUCUUCUUAUCUGCAGGAUGAAUGUUAUGAAAGUUUAUCAACUAUUGUGGGAGAAAUUGAAGAGGAACUUCGACACCUAUCAUCUUCGAUAAAACAUAUCAAAGAGGACUCUGAACCAGCAGCUAUAUUGGUUGAAAGAUCUCUAUUCAUCGGGCGUCUCUUAUUUGCAUUUCGAAAUCACUCAAGCCACAUACCGUUGAUACUCUGUUCUCUAAGGUUAUGGGUGAAUGCCACAAGCUCUAUGAUGUUUGAUAAGGGAACAUCGUCCCGCCCUGUGAACUCGAGGAUUUCCCUUGAUUCUCCCAUGCGUGAUAGCCCCAGAAGGCAAAGUCUGAAUGGCAUUAGAAGGCAAUCUUCGUCGACGUCAGCUGCCUUGUCUGGAGUGAUUGACAGUGCCAGUCCAAAGCUUGAUUUACUUAGCACGAAAUUCCGAGAUAUAUGCAUCUGGGCUCACAGUUUGUGGAUAACUUGGGUAUCCGAUGAAUUAUCUGCCAUUCUAUCAAAGGAGAUCAAUAAUGACGAUGCAUUGUCAUUGACAUCUUCCUCGAGGAGCUGGGAGGAAACUGUCAUUAAACAAGAGAAUUCCAGUGAGGGUCCUGUGGAGAUGAAGAUAGAACUUCCUUCCAUGCCUUCACUUUAUCUUACAUCUUUCUUAUACCAAGCUAGUGAAGAGGUUCAUAGAAUUGGAGGGCACGUCCUUGACAAAUUAAUUCUGCAGAAAUUUGCUCUGGGUCUUUUGGAAAGGGUGCUGGGUAUAUAUGGCAGCUUUCUUUCUACCUUAGAUGCUCGCAGUCCUAAGGUGACUGAAAGAGGAGUGCUGCAAAUUCUAUUAGAUUUAAGAUUCGUUUUUGAUGUUUUAUCUGGGGGUGACUUGAACAUGAACGAUGAGUUAUCUAAAACUCCCAAGUCCAAGCUCUCUAUGAAAAGUCAGGUGCAAAAACAGGACUCUUCUGUCAGUAGAAAGCGCAUUCUGGAAUUGACAAGUAGUCUCUCACAAAGGCUGGAUCCUAUAGAUUGGCAAACGUAUGAGUCUUAUCUCUGGGAGAAUGAGAAACAGGCAUACCUACGGCAUGCUGUCCUCUUUGGUUUCUUUGUGCAGCUUAAUCGAAUGUACACUGACACCCAGCGGAAAUUGCCUAGCAAUUCUGAAUCAAACAUCAUUAGGUGUUCCAUAGUCCCACGUUUCAAAUACCUUCCAAUCAGUGCUCCAGCAUUGUCUUCGAGGGGGACAGCUAAAUCAGCUCUUCCAAGUUCCACUGAAGAUAUAUCUUCCAGAAGCUCCUGGAAAAGCUAUCCGAGUGGAGACAGCUCACCAAUACUCGACUAUGACGAUACUUCUAGCUUUGGAGUUGCCAACCCUUUAUUUAGGUCUUUCAUGCAGGUCGGCACUAGAUUUGGUGAGAGCACACUGAAACUGGGGUCCAUGCUUACAGAUGGACAAGUAGGAAGGCUAAAGGACAAAUCAGCAGCAGCCAUGUCGACAUUCGGUGACAUGUUACCAGUCCAGGCAGCGGGCCUUCUAUCUUCUCUUAGUGUCAGGUCGACUGACCUUUGAUCACCAAACAGUAUUUAUUUCAUUUUUUGAAGAUUUCUACAACAUAUUGGAGGUAACAAAUUUCUUCCUUCUCAUCAUCUGGGUUUUUCCCCCAUCCUUUUUGCAAAUCAAGUUUUUCAGGAACAGUAAAGAAAAACCACAAUCAUAUUCAAUGUACAGUGUAGUUGAUGUAUUAUCGGAAUGAUACUUGACACACUUCUGCGUCUUUUCUGUACUAUUUUGUGUUUUUUACAUUCAUGGUCCGUUAAGGUUAGAGACUAUUAUGUAUUCAAAGAGCUACAUAUAUCCAGCAGAAAUUUUUAUAUACAGUCUAUAAACUCAUCUUAGCUUCAUAGCUUGAUUAAGAUGCAUUUUCACUUUGAACACUUGCACAAAGUAUAACAGUUCAUAACAUAGUACAUUAGGAAAUUACUGGAUCUGACAAUUACAGUAGUAGCUUCAUGAAAAACUACUGGACUGGAAGAGCAGGUUAUAUGGGUUCAUGGUGCAUUGCAGUCCUGGCAUCACUGCAGAUUCCUGUACUUGUUUUCAGUUCAGUUACUUUCUGUGCAUGACGACUCACAAAGAGGAGUGUGACUUUGCGCACCCAAUUUACUCAUGGCGUCAAAUCCUUGUGCCUCCUCUAAGGGUAAGAGAGAGGAACACCGCAUUUGGUAGGGAGUCCACUGGCUGCAUCUUCCUUUAUGUUCUGGUAUUUAUUAGCUGCAUCUUUAACACAGCUGCAAGCUUGGCGCUUUUCGUCGGUGGUAGUUGCCAUCCCUUUGAUUUGCUUAACUCCAUCACAACAUGCUGGAACUGGCUGAGAGGCACUGCCAACCAAGUAUGGCAUGCACUGCACAAGGGACUUAUCAACAUCGGUGCAGGUAAAGGCUUGGCUUGGUUGAACCAUCAAUUGAACCAUGGCUAGAACCACAACAACACAAACAUAUACCUUCAUCAUCUUUCUUUACUAGAACUUGCUUAUAUAUUUGUGUUUGUAUCUUCACUGUCUCGAUUUUGUUGUGUGCUUAUUGGAAAAGAGCUUGGGGGUAUAUAUAGUAUUCGAAUCGAUUAGCAUGUACAAAUAAUGCGAACCAAUUUAAGUUAGCUUUGGUAUGAUCAGUUACAGGCUUUUGGCUUAUUGUAGCUUAAAUUGUCAUUUAGUUUCUUGAAA